AUGUGGCUCCCUGUGCUGGCGCUGUUGGGUUUGAUAUUCCUGUACAGAUGGUACAGACAGAGUCAGAUACUGGAGAAUCUCUCAGAUAAAUAUGUCUUCAUUACCGGAUGUGACACUGGUUUUGGGAACCUGUUGGCGAAGCAGCUGGACAGACGUGGAAUGAGGGUUCUGGCUGCUUGUCUGACAGAGAAAGGAGCUGAGAACCUGAAGAAGGAGACCUCCAGCAGGCUGCAGACUGUAAUACUGGAUGUUACUGACAGCAAAAGUGUGAGCUCUGCUGCCAAGUGGGUUGCUACCAUUGUCAAAGAUAAAGGUCUUUGGGGACUGGUGAACAAUGCAGGUAUUGGAAUCCCUAGCUGCAACAAUGAAUGGCUGACUAAAGAUGAUUUCCUGAAGGUUUUGAAUGUAAAUCUGUUAGGGGUUAUUGAAGUGUCACUUAGUCUCCUGCCGCUGAUUCGGAAAGCGAGAGGACGGGUUAUUAAUGUAUCCAGUGUGGCUGGAAGAGUAGCCAUCUGCAGUGGAGGAUACUCUUUGGCCAAAUAUGGAGUAGAAUCAUUUUCGGACAGUCUACGGCGUGAAAUGCUAUCAUUUGGAGUGAAUGUGUGUAUAAUUGAACCUGGCUUUUAUAGUACACAAAUAACCAGCACAAAGUUACAAAAACAAAAUGUGAAACACUGCUGGGAGCAAGCCACAGAAGAAGUCCGGAAAAGCUAUGGCAUAGAUUUCUCCCCUGAUUAUCAAAGCUCUGUUGAUGCUCUGGGAUCUUUAUGCAGUACAAAGCAGACGCAAGUCACAGAUUGCAUGGAGCAUGCUCUGACUGCAGCUCAUCCAUGGACCCGUUACUCCGCAGGCUGGGAUGCCAAAUUCCUAUUGGUGCCUCUUUCCUAUUUUCCUACAGUUAUCACAGACUUUUUACUAUGCCUUAGCCAGCCUAAACCAGCCCAGGCAGUCUGA